ACCACCUCUCACGAUGCCACACGCCUGAGUGUCGUCAGACCACAGCACGUCAAUCAUCAAGACGCCACGCCCACCGACGUCAGGGCCCUGCACAUGGAUAGACAGACAGCCGAGGGCUAGACACACACUAUCUCACUCUGUGAUAGUCUGCUUUGCACUGUAUCUACUCCUACUUGCGCUUUUACUAGGCUGCAGUGAGCGGAUUGGAAAGUUUUCGCUCAAGAAAUAAUUGGCGACAUGUCAAAAGACGACAAGGAUGAAUGCCGAGUGGUUCUCCUGGGCAAGACGGGUGCAGGCAAGAGUUCCCUUGGCAACACUUUUUUGGGUCUGGAGGCGUUUGAGGUCGGCCGGGGGCUGUCCUCUGGAACUGAGAAUUGUCAGUUCGCCGACACUUUAAUCGAGGGCGUUAACCUAGUGGUGGUAGACACUCCUGGCUUAUGUGACACAAACAAAACUGAGCAGGAAGUGUUACGGGAGGUUUCUAAAAGUGUUGCGGUUGCUAAGCCUGGCCCCCACGUGAUCCUCAUGGUGUUGCGCUGUGAUGGGCGAUUCACCUCGGAAGAGUACACAGCCUACAUCACUCUCAAAGGCAUGUUUGGCCAUGACUUCUGCAAGUUUUUAUUCCUCGUUUUCGUAGGAAUAGACCAGAUCACUGGUAACCCAGACGAAAGACAAUCGGCUCUGGAAUCAAUGAUACACGAGAAAUCUCCACCAACUCUACAAGAACUGAUCUCUGACUCCUCCGGCAGAUACUUUGCUGUCGACAACAAGGCCCAGCCUGAGGACAGAAGACAACAAGCGAAGGACUUACUGUCACGGAUUCAGGAACUGAUUAAAAAAAAUGGUGGCCGGCACUUCAGUAACAAGCUGUGUGAGGAUAUCGGCAGGGAUGUGGAGCCAAUGAUCCUGCGACGCAUGAAGCAGGACAACGUCACGCGAGCAGACGCCACCAGGACCGUCAGACAGGACAUCGUUGAAGAAAAUGUCCUCCUGGAUAUUUUGAAGAACUGGGUGAAGGUCAUAGGGAAAGCUCUCGAACCAGUGUUUGAGCAAGUCAUUAAGAUUGCAUCUGAAAAGGGAUUGAAACUGAUGCAAGAAAAGCAGUGCUCUGUUAUGUAAAUACUUAUCUGAUGUUGUCACACAUUUGAUGCACAGAGGUGCUGCUGCUGGUGUGCUGGUGCAGUCUGUCUAAAUAAGUCAUAAUCAGUUUGGAAAUAUGUGAAUAAAAUCAGUUUGAUAAGCAGAACUUGAACUCUAGGACUUGACAAAGUUGUACAUAAGUUUUUUGCUCUCUUCGCCAUGUAAAGUUUUAAAAUAUUUUUAUUCUUCUUACUUUACACUUAAGUAAGAAAAUAUGAAAGUUAAUACUACAGAAUGAAAAGUUAGCAUUAUACUUCUCAUGUCUUUCUGUCUUCGUGAGAAUACAGAAUCGGGGACAAAGAAUGUUCAUGACAAAUUAACUAAUCAUCAGCGGAUAAGAUGAUUAUGCUUAAGACCAGGCAAAGUAAUAAACAUUAAAUGGUAAAAGCAGUUGACUAAUUGCUGUGAGAGAUUACUGUAACCUAUCAAUUUUUAUGUCGAGUGACGAAUAUCAGUUUUGCCUCUUGAAUGUUUCAAUUUAAAACUGUCAGGCUUCAGAUUAUUAUUAAUAGUUAUUAGGAGAUUUUCUGUUUGUUUUUAUUUUACAACCUCUCUUUGAGUAUGGAACAAAAAGUUAAAAUUCUUAUUACUCUAUGUUAUGCGGACUAUAAUACUACCAAACUAUAUUUUGUGUGUGUGUGUGAGAGAGAGAGAGCGUGUGUGUAAGCGUGUGAGUGUGUCGUUUCUCUAUAUUGUAGUAUUUAGCAAAUGUUUUUAUGUAUUUGAUAUUGUGUGAGUAUUGUAUUUGAAGGCAUAUGUAUUACACUAUCUCUUUAUAAUAAAUUUAAAAAUGACUAGCUUUAUUAAUCCCAAUAAUAUAACUUGUAAAGUGUGCUCAGCUAAAACAGAGAAGUCAAGUGCUAGCUAUAUAUAGAUAUACUAAUAUAAGACAGUGGGUGUCACAGCAAGUCCUGCUCUAUAAAUGUCACACUACAGAAGUACAGAAGUGUUUGGUCUCAGGUUACUUCUUGCAUCCUCUGAUAAAGCA